AGUAGUAAGCAGCGUACAGCAGCCCCUGAACAAGAAGUUUCUAAUUGCGUAGAGCGCACCAUUUACUACCGUUUGCCGUUCAAAGAAAGUUUGCAUUUCCCGCUCAACUCAGGAAGACCUCACACAAAACUGAUUUGUCAUGUUGUGUCUUUUUUAUUUUCAUCGUCAGAAAUUCCCUUUUUUCCAGUUUUAAUAUCUUUGUGUAACUGUAUUUUUUCUUCCUUUUUCUUUACUGAUUCAAGUUGAACUGCUUUUGUUCCCUCCGCACUGCGGAUUCACUUCAGACAUGGAAGUUGAUUCUGACGAAACAGAGAAGCAGACCCGCGACAGCUUUGACUCAGACAAGAUGUUCGUCAAACCCACCGAGGACCUCGAAGCCAGCGAUAUGGACAUGUUUGACGAUAAGCCCAGCACAACGCUCAAGCGGCCCACUCCUGAUCUGCACAAUACCUCCAAGAACACAACCGUUCAAUCCGGUGUGCCUAUGGAUAUUUCCGAGCUCCCCGAUACGACCCAGGAGAAGACAGCGCUCAAGUUGACAAAUGGCGGUCAUAAAAGCGACGACUCGGUCCUUCAUCAGCCCGAGUCACCGGGGAUGAUUCGCGAUACCAUUGAAAUUCAGGAAACACAAGAUCUUUUGGCGGCUAUCAAGGAGCCUUUCAGCAAAAUUCCCGAAUUCUUGACAUCGACAGAAAUUCUCAUCGAGCAGUUGUCGAUUGGUGUGCAUAAAAUCACCGGGGAUCAGUUUACCAAUUUUCUACGUCAGUUUAAGGAAGAAAUGGAAGCGAUCCAAGAUUCCAUUAAUUUGAUGGGGAAGAUCCGCGAUAAGAUGCGUUUGAAUAAGCCUGACAUUUUUAAGGUUCCUGUUCCAGCAAAGAUGACAGUUGUUCAUGAGCCAAAAUCAGCAGAAAAGCCUCUGGUUAACGGCGAUAAAGUGGCUGAUGUCAGCACUCACGAAAAGUCUCCAGUUGUGCAAAAUGGUUCACCAGUGGGCGCUAUCGAAAAAACAUCGUCUGGCGUGAAAAAAACCAACAUUUCUGGCCUUAAAGACACUGAACCUUCAUCUAACGCCACAAAUGGUCAUGUGUCGGAGGAGGAAAUGUUUUCAGCCAAGAAACGCCAGACGUAUGCCGCACCGCGAUCCAGCGCUGUUAAGAAGGCCGUGAAUGCUGCCAAGGAAUCACCGAAAGAGAAAAAAGGACAGAGUGAUGACUCGGCGAGUGAGGAUGACAGCACUGCCAAAUCUGCCAAAGGCUCGUUGAAAAUCAUUGAAAAAGAGGAAUCGGAUAAUGGGGAGGAUAGUCUCACUAAUGUUUCCAAGCCGCGGACGAAGACACUGGGACUGGGACGACCGGGGAGUCGAUUGGCCAAGAACAAGGCGAGCGAAUCGGAGGAGAUGGAUACGGAUGUUCAGCCUUCCACUAGCUCAGCUCGGGGUAGUCGCGCUGCUGCGUCGUCCGUGACCAAGAAAGGCGUUGCUCCGAAAGGGCGAAAAGCUGCACAGUCUGACGAAGCGGAGCAAUCUGAUCAUUCAGACAAGGAAGAAAUGGGCACUGUCAAAACAAAAGUGGCGGCCAUGAAGAGCAUCCCGCAGAAGAAACUGAGUAAUGUGGAGGAAGUUCUGUCUGAUUCUGAGACUACCACAGUGAAAAAGCAGGUGGCCAGUAAAAAAUCGGCGAAAGGACAUGGCGAAAAAGUUAAUAAGGGCAGCGCCCAACGAACCGCUAAGGAGACGCUGAAUGAUAUACAGAAGAAAAAUGACGAAGAGGAACCAUCUGGCAAUAGUGCUGCGAAAAAUGUGGCGGCGGAGAAAUCACUGGAGCCUCAGGCGAAAGAAGUUAAAGUUAGUAAGCCACGUUCGUCGAAAAGUGCGGCUGAGGAAAAACUGACUACGAAAUCCCGCCCAUCUGUAUCUGUCGCAAAGAAUCUCUCCGUCAAAGGUCGAGGAACUGCUAAGAAGGGUGCAGCUUCGGAGAUUUCAGACGACGAACGUGACGAUAAGAGUGCUUCUGCAAGCCGAAAAGAAUCCAAAACUGACUAUGAAUUUACUGAGGACGAUCCUGUGCCAACUACAAAUAAGCGUCCUCCACGCCGAAGCCAGGCUGCCGAACGUAACACGAAAUCGACGGAUGCCCAUACUGAACAGCCAUCUAGUAAGGUGAUUCAGAAAAAAGCUGCGCCCCGAACCUCGAAGAAAGGUGACGACAAUAAUGGUGAUGCAUCUACCAAAGAGACUACCAGUGAAGGCAGUAAAACAUCCAAAAAGGAAGCAGAUCCACGAAAAUCGCGUAUUAGUUUGGCGGUCCCGGUAGCCAAAUUUCCGAGCGAAUCAAACAGUCGACAGGGGAAACGCAAAUCAGAAAGUGCGUCGACUGAAAAACCGAAAAAAUCUCCGAAAGUGGAUGCAAAAUCAAAAGCGUCGAAAUCGAACGAUGGUGAUGUCACUGAUAUUGUGUGCUGUUCUACGACUGUGGAUCCGGCUAUCAUUACAUCUUUCGAGAAAGUUGCGGACGAUUUCGGAUGCCACUUCUAUCGGGAUUUUAAGGAGGGCGCUCAGUAUUACGUGGUCACCUUGGAAGAAGCAUCCAAGCUUCCCAAGCGCACAAUCAAGCUGUUGAAGGCGGUGCUUUCUGGGUGUUGGAUCGUUGCUUCAAAAUGGCUAACUGAUUCCCAGAAGAACAACCAGCUGUUAGAGCCAAAGAAAUAUGAGGUCAAGGGCAUGGUUAGCAAUGGUGAAAAAGGUGGACCAGCUCGAGCGCGAACAAGUCUGGAGGACGGGGAACAGAAAUUGUUCCAGAACUGCUCGUUCUUUUUCAAAGGCGACUUCAAAAAUGCUAACAUGGUUAAAGAAUACAAAGAACUGAUUAAGCUGGGUGGAGGGGAACUGUUGGCCCGCGAACCGACCAAGCGCAGCAUGAAGAAAGGGGACGGACUACCUCAUGCUCGAAGUGAUGCGAAGAUAUAUAACUGUCGCUAUUUCAUUGUUCAGGAUGAGCCGGCAGUGAGUCAAGAUCUUCUGGAUCACGGAGGAGUAUACAUAAUGCCGUCGUGGAUACUGGACUGUAUUGAGACAUACCGACUGAAUGAUAUCGACGUGGAGGAGAACGAGGACGAAGUUUGAAGUUUAUGACGUCGAUGCGGUGUUCUCGCUAAUUUAUCUCCUGACAAUGCCUGAUAACUUCAACAAAAUCCAAAUUGGGUGAUGGUUUUCUCUUUUAUUUUACGGUUUUGCUGCUGUCGUUCUUUUUUAUUGAUAAGAUUCUAACUCGGUUCCAUGUUUAGAACGAAACCACAUGUGAGAAGUUUUUUGAAUGGUUUGGCAGUGAUAUUUUUUGAGAGUUGGGAAUGGAUAUAGAACUUUUUAGUUUUACAAGUCAUUUGCCAGUGACCAUUAUAACAUUUGCAAUAAAAAUAAGUUUC